AUGGCCGCGGCUUCUAGUGGAAAAUUGAGCAAAAGCUCGAUCCAUAUGGACACAUCUUCGAGUUGCCAUGUGCUCCCGACAGAUUUAGCAAAGAAAAGGACGAGAUCAGAAUUUGAACAAAAUUGUGGAAGGUAUUUUGAGGAAGAUCAAAUGAGAGAAGCCAGUAAUGCUAGUGCAUCAUUUUGUAAGGAUACUGAUACUACUAUGAUGAUACGAGCUUCCUUCGAACCUCCUCAAAGCUUCAAGAGUAAGAGAAAUGGGGAAGAAGAUUCGGGUUUUCACACUUGCUCGGUUAGAAAUCUUUUCAGUUUUGUAGGACGAACACGUACUAAACUUGGAGCAAGUUUUGGUUACUCAGUGCUACACCUACACAAUUUACAAAAUUUUAGCUUCAUUUUCUUAGAGUCUAGUACUGUCCAAUCCUACUACUUUUCUCUGCCGAAUCUUCACUUUAGCCACGCGAACUCCACUCUCAUUGGUAGGCAUAGAAAUAGACUAGGGGAAUCUUUAUAG